AUGGAAGGUGGUAGAUAUUCGGUUGAUAUGGGUAACCUCGAUCGCAACCGAACGAACGAGCUUGCGAGGAAGAGAUCCCGCAAAGGUAAAUCACAUAUCGGCUCUUCAUCUCAAAGCCGAGAUGAUUUUGAUACAGGUUACGCAAGAAGGGAUGGGGAUGCGAUGACCGAUGAACAACUAGAACAAGAAUUGCACCGACAUAAUAGCCGUUUUUUCCAAGACCAGCCGAGGACCAUUGACGAAGAAGAGCUCGAGGACGACGAUGUGGAGGAAGUAAUUCCGGAGAUGGACGCGGAGGAGGGUGGCGGCAGCCACGACGCCGACGAGCCCGCCUCAUCCCAAACCGGUACGAAAAAAGUAAAUCUGAACUAAUGCUUAAUAAUUUUGAUAAGUGGAAGGACCCGAAGACCGGGAAUUGGAAUGCAACUUGCAAGUGGUGCAACAAAAACCAUAGUUUGGGGAUUUCCGGCGGAUACGGAUCCGCCGCAAGGCAUCUUAAGGCUAAACACACGGUAGAGUGUGCAAAAUUAGGCGGCGGAACGGGGAAGCAAACUCAAAUAUCGAGGUUUGCAAAUAACUAACAACCUUUUGGUAAUUUCUCAUACAAUGAUGCACAAAAUUUGACUAGUAUGGCUAACUUACUUGGUGAAGAAAAAUUGUCUUAUUUGUUUUCUGAAAGUCUUGCGUUCAAAGAUUAUGCACAAACUUGUUUAAAUCCUCAAUAUAGAGGUUAUAGCCGCAAAACGGUUAAGAAAGGAAUUGUAAGGCUUUAUGGUUCGGAAAAGGUAAGGUUACAAAAUUAUUUUGCAAACUUUGAUGGGCGUGUUACUGAAUGUUCUGACAUAUGGGAGGAUACUUAUCAUAAUUUACAUUAUUUGGGUCUGACUGCACAUUAUAUUGAUAGUGAUUGGAAUAUGCAUAAACGUGUUCUUGCUUUUCGUGAAUUUAAGGAUCGUCACACCUCUGAACAUAUUUAUAUUUUGAUUGAGCGUAUUUUAAUUGAGUAUAAUUUGAAUGAUGAGGUGUUUGCUAUUGGUUUUGAUAAUGCUACUAAUAAUACUGCUGCUAUUCCUAGAUUGCGUGAAUUGUGUGGUUCUACUUCUUUGAUGGGUAUAUUUUUUCAUCAACGAUGUGCAUGUCAUGUUAUAAAUUUAUGUGUGCAAGAUGGUCUAAAAGUGUUAAGAGAUUCUAUGGAGGUAGUUGAUGGAUAGUCUACCCGGGGGUAUAUAUCCGAAGGGUUAUUGCGGGGAGUAACUUAGAGAGAAGUCAGAGCACAAGUAAGUAAGAGAGAGAGUGUAUUCAGUAUGGAUGCCGUGGUUACAAAUGGGGAAAUGGGGUGCUAUUUAUAGUAGCAAUAAAUGCCGGACAAGGACACGUGUCAAGCGCUCAUUGGCCGAGGGGCCACCUCAACUGGUUGGCGCUGGCAGCCGCAUGUGGCCGCAUUUAAUGCGGCUGUUGGAUGGGACGUCUGUGCAGGGUUCGGUGAUCUUUACGCAUGUGAGGCGGAUAUCUUGUCGAGUGAGAUGCCUUCGGCUAUAGAGCAGUAGCCGAGGGCUCCUCCAACCGAUGGCACCCUGGUGCCGAGGGCUCACAGUGCCGAGGGCUACUGUUUUCGCCGUUUUCUCCCAGUUUCUUAAUUUGCUUGAGAAACCCGUUCUGUGAGAAUUUAGAGCCUUCGGCCAGGGGGCCGAAGGCACCCCUGGCGCGUAGUGCGGGCUGCUUGGUACUCUGGGCGCUGUGAUUUGGGCCUGUUGGUCCUUCUGGGCCUUCGCUGGAGUAGUAUGAGUCUGUGGGCCGGGGGUUCCCGGGCCAUAUACUCCAUCAGGAGUCCCUCACUCCUUUUGCCGAAAGGUACUUGAGGGAAAAGGAGUAAUUUGUGCUUGCCCUUUGACGUUGUCCUGUCGUAACCUCUGAAGUUGGUGAGGAGUUGUUGCUUUUAUGUCCCUGCCGAAGGCAGUCCCUCAGUUACCCACAUGUCGGGACUUGAGGGCUUGCUUUGUCGUUUGUUGGAAUUUCACUAGUUUUGUAAUUUCCCGAGGGGGUCCUCCAGUCCCCCACUCCUUGAGGCACUUGUAAAGUGGUGAAAAGGAGUAGAGUAGUUGCGUUGCUGUUGUGGGCCGAAGGCUGACGCUUUUCGUUUCAUUUUGGGGGGAUGCCUCGUUAAAAACCUCAUUAGGAAAAACCCUGGGGGAAAAAAUCCUAAUGAGGGAAAAAGAGUGCACCGAAUUCCCCCAAUGAUGAAUCGAAAAUGUGAAACCUUGGUAAAAAAUGGAGAACAACGGUAAUGCCGAAGGCUCUUCCUUGUUCUGAGGGCUCAUGUGUUGAUUAGCCGAAGGCUUGCUGUUGAUGUCCUGGGGGUGCCGAAGGGGAGCCCCUCAAUCCGGGGAUCGAGGGCCUGAUGGAUGAGGGCAGUGGUGGAGUUGUUACCGGGGGGUCUACUGUUUGUUGAUUAGUUGGUGAUGAAGAUACCUGAGGGCUCCCAUUACCUGUGUGCCAUGGGUUAUCCGUCAAUGAGGCAACUCCCCGGGGGCUACCCGGUUUUGCAGUGCUGAGGGGGGAAUCCCCGAGGGGUGCCCUGAUAUGAAACCUUGGGUUUCCGAAAGAGUGAUCCCGAAGGCGUCUGUUAUGUGCUGUGUGGGGCACAACCCGGGGGCGGCUCUGGGUAAGUGUACCCGGAGGCUCUCCUUGGUGAAGUGGAGUGAAGUAAAAAAGGUCCGGGGGCUCCCAGAAUAUAGCCGUUGGGAAUAUAUCCGUUGGAAUACGUACCGCCAGGAUAUAGCCGUUGGGGGGGUACACGUGGCGUGUGACGGUUGGCUGUCCGUGGGCGGCAUCACUGGUUGGGCGAAGACGCGGCGUGUAAUGAUGGCGGUCCAUUCGGGGCCCCGGAAUCCAGGCCCAAGCCCGGAUUCCAACGCCUAUAAAUACCCCAAGGCCAGGGCCAUUCCCCGCUGUGCGAACUCAGUGUAGCGAAGCUCUGGCAAAAAUUCUAGAGAGAGAAACUCAAGCCUUCGGUAAAAACUCAGCUUUCAAGGUCAGUUCCCCCCCACCUUUCUCCUUCUAGUUUAG